AUGCGUAGUGGCCUCAUAGUCGGAAUAAUCUGGGUUUUUAUUUGGCCCAGAAUCGUACAUGGAGGAUUCGUUCUAAAGAAUGUGAUUUGUGAGUCCUUGGAUACCUCAUACGCGGAGUUCAAGCGUUGCGAAAUGAAAAUAGUGCGGCGUGGCGUAUCCUCUUUUUACAUGUUUGUAAAAGUUCACAAACUGCCCAUCAAUAGUGUGGAUGUAAAUGUAUCCUCUUCAAGAGAUCGAACGGAUAUCGGCCUUUCCUGUUCAAUCAGACCGUGGAUUACUGUUACUACAUGCGAAACCCGAAGGCACAUCGAUUGAUGUAUACA